CUGAAAGAAAACGGCGAAUUGCGAGUCAUGAAGACCUUGGAGCCGUCAGAAGAGCGCUUACAACUGGCGGAGAAUUUCAAGACAAAGGCUGAGCGCAUGGAUGGGGACACCCUCCGUAGAGACUCCCGGAGGAAAUGAACUACAUGAAACAAUUAUGCGAAGGCCUUUCCUAUUUACACACCCAGCGCAUCCUUCACCGUGAUAUCAAGCCCCAAAACUUGCUAGUCGAUAAAGAAGGCCACAUCAAAAUCGCCGACUUUGGCCUCUCUCGCUGUUUUUCCAUACCAACAAAACCGUACACCCACGAAGUGGUGACAAUGUGGUACAGAGCGCCUGAACUGCUCCUAGGUUCCAAGCUGUACACCAAUGGGAUCGACGUGUGGAGUCUUGGGUGUGUUAUGGUAGAAAUGUUGUUAAAACGUGCCCUUUUCCCCGGUGACUCAGAAAUCGACCAAAUGUUCAAAAUUUUCAAAACUCUGGGAACGCCAAAUGAGGAAAUGUGGCCGGGGGUGUCGUCACUGCCGGCCUAUGAGGUCUGGUUCCCGCAGUGGAAGCCAUGCGAGCUUAACACUCAAAUUAAAUUCAACGAUUCGGAGGAAGAAGAGUUUCUUAAAUUGUUGUUGGUUUAUGAUCCGUUUGUGCGAAAGUCGGCCAAAGAUUUGCUAAGUCUGCCCUAUAUCAAGAGAGCCAAGCUCACGACGCCUGAUAUGAAGCCGUUUCCUGACGAAGAGGAGGACUCUGAACGUACAAAUUAAAUUGUUGCAAUUUAUGCAAUGUUCCCAUAAUGUGACAUUAUUUUUUUUUAUUAAAAUUGUUCGGUUA